UCGUUCCUUUGAGGGUGUUUGGAAUUUCAGUCUCAUGACAUAAAUUCCAAGAUCAAAACUUCUUCUAAGAUUAAAACUUCUUUUCAACGACAAAAAAGACAAGAAAUAAAAAAGGAAGGUAUAAUGGACAGACGACAGCUCCUAUUGGCUGCUGUGCUGUCAAUCACGUGCUGUGUUUAUGCUCAGCAGGCACAACACACAGUUUUUGCCAUGGUUCUUGGAAAAGGAGGGAAAAAGUUACCAGACAUCAAAGUUAAUGGUGUCAAAAUGAACUUGCAUGCCCCUCAAGCAAACACAGGGGCUCAGGAACCAGGGGCUCUUGUGCAAGGACCUCCAACAGAGACAGCAACAUUCAUUGUUGGAGGCAAGGCGUCUAAUAACAAGCCUCCAGUGAUGGCAGAAGCUUUGGUAAUGCCUGCAGCUAAAGCGAACAAGCCAAAAUCAGCCGCACCGAAAGCAAUGGAUGACCUUAAAUUAACCAAAGAAGAGAAAAAGAAAUUGUUUCCGUGCCAUGAUUACAAACCUUACUGUAGUAAUUACGCCAAAACUGGCCAGUGCAGAGAUGUAUGGAUGCAGAAAAACUGCAGGAAGAGCUGCAACUUUUGUGACAUUCCUUAUGGAGUGUUCAUUGGCUGUCAAGAUUUAGAUGUCUGUAAAAAGUUUGCCGCCUCCGCUUGCAUGGUCCGCUGGGUUAGGGAGACUUGUAAGAGCAAGUGUGGACAAUGCGGUUACGAACGUCAAGCCAACUCUCACAUUACAAUGGGCAAAAAGAGACAUUUCAGUGAUGGUAACACAAAGCAAUCAGACCAGACCAAACAUGUGGUGAAGGCUAAAACACUGAAAAACGUCCUUACAAAAAUGACCCAGAAAGCAAAAGAUACAGUUAAACAAGCAACAGCUAAGGUUAAACAACAGAGGAAGGAUGACAAGUCUGCAUUGAAGCCUAAAGUUGCUGUUGUUGAGAAGCCAGUGAUCAAGGUUAAAGAAGCUCAGAGUAAGGACAUCACUGAGGAAGAGAAAGACAAUAGCAAUGAUGAUGAUGAUGAUGACGAUGAUGAUGACGUAGCUGAUGAUAACAAUGUUAAUAAUGACGAGGACCAAGACGUUAGUGGAGAAGGAAGCUCGCAAAAUGAAGACGAAGAUAAUGACGAUGACCAGGAUAAAGCUUCAGGGGAAGCCAGGACUAAGGACAAACCAGACGAGCCAAUCAGAUUGGACACAGAUCCAAGAGGCGAGCCAGUGGUUACUAAGCUGAUCAACCAGCCAAUCAAGUUUAACGACGCUCCAGGGAAGGCGAUGCAUGUAAAACACGUGAAGAAUAAGAAACACAUCAAAACCGUGAAGGACGCGCAACCAAAAGUUGAGCAGCAGAAGAAAGUGGCUAAGAAAGUUGAAAAUGAUCAAGUCGAGAAGAAAUUCAAACAAGUUAAGAAACUACAAAAAAGCGACAAGCCAAAGACCACAAAACCGAAAAAGCUGAAAAACUGACUUCGAUCAGUACAACGUUUUCCUUUUGAUGGAAAGUUUUCUCUGGAUUAAGUUGCCUGAGCAUAAGUUUCUUUAAACAAAGGUCGAACAAUAAUUUAUAAUCCUCAAUUUUUAAUGAUAACUUUUGCUGAUGUUAGUACUUAGUUUUCUGUAGGUGGUUUAAUUUGAGACUUGAGAAAUUAUUCAGAGUGAACACGGUAAUAACACUAGGAGAUAAGUACUUCAUGUAAGACGCACGAUAUUUUGUUAAUCUUGCUCCUUAAUUCAGCUUGCAAAUUGAUUAACUGACUAUAGGCUUUGAAGAUGUACGCUACAGAUUCAGAAAUAUACAAAAUAAACAUUUUUUCUUUACCUUA